AUGUUGUCUUUGGUUCGUCUCCCGCAUCUUGGAAAUACCACGCGCAGGGGCCUUGGAUUCAGGCUUCACACGACGCGACUGUUCCAUACCGCGACAGCCAGCCCCUCUGCCAUGGCUCCUAAGCGGAAGAGAUCUGCUGCAGUCGAUGACAAUGCCACUGUAAAUGGCAUUGUGCCACCUCUACCCAAGCGCAGGUCGUCUGCCCGGAAUAUUGCUACAGCGACCGUUGCCACCAACCCUGACCAGAACGCGGACAUCAUUGACGCGCCGAACGCUACACGCGCCUCACCCGACAGCGACGUGAAUGAGGACAUCGUGCCAGGUCCCAUCAAGCUAGGUAACGGAACAACGACAGCCUGUCCUCUUAGUGAUGCACCUGCUGUUGCAGAGGCACCUAAGAAGAAGGGCCGAGGGAAGAAAGCAGUUGUGGAAACAGAGGGUUCGGCCAAUAUUGAAGCUGAAGCACCGGGCAAGAAGGGAAGAGGAAAGAAACCCGUCAAGGCUGAAGAUGAUGGCGAGGCGUCAGUCGCGGAAAAGCCUGCUCCAAAGAAAGCAAAGACGAACGCCGAUGAUGAGGCUGCUGAUCCCGAGGCCGACGAAGACGAAGAGGCGGACGAAGAAGAGGUCAAAGAAGCAUUGACAAGACCGCCGCCUGUCAAUAGCGACUACUUGCCGCUACCUUGGAAAGGACGCCUCGGAUAUGCUUGCUUGAACACAUAUCUGCGGCAGUCCAAUCCGCCUGUUUUCAGCUCUCGAACGUGUCGCAUACAGUCCAUAUUAGAGCAUCGACAUCCCUUGAAAGACCCAUCGCAGCCAGAACACGCUACGAAGAAUCGUCCAGAUCGAGAUCAGCCUCCAGGCAUUGAGCGUGGCCAGCGAUAUGUUGAGGAACUCUGCCUAACCAAUGUCAAAGACAUCAUCAAGAUGGUGCGUUGGAAUGAUCGAUACAACAUCAAAUUCUUUCGGCUUUCAUCGGAGAUGUUCCCCUUCGCAAGUCAUCCCGAGUACGGCUACAAAUUAGCUCCCUUUGCGAGCGAGGCACUUGCAGAAGCUGGCAAAGUCAUUGCAGAGUUGGGCCAUCGCGUGACUACACACCCUGGACAAUUCACUCAACUGGGCAGUCCCAGGCAACCCGUAAUUGACAAUGCGAUUCGCGAUCUGGAAUAUCACGAUGAGCUGCUGUCUCUACUCAAGCUACCCGAGCAACAGGACAAGGACGCCGUGAUGAUCUUACACAUGGGAGGUGUCUUCGACGGCAAAGAGGGCGUAAUUGAACGAUUUCGAGAAAACUACGCAAAUCUGUCGCAAAGUGUGAAGAAUCGACUAGUGCUAGAGAACGACGAUGUGAGCUGGACUGUUCACGAUCUGUUGCCGAUCUGCGAAGAACUGAAUAUUCCGAUGGUACUCGAUUACCAUCAUCACAAUAUAAUGUUCGAUGCGGACAAGAUUCGUGAAGGUACUAAGGACAUAAUCGAUCUCUACCCUCGAAUCAAAGCAACAUGGGACAGGAAGGGUAUUAAGCAAAAGAUGCAUUACUCAGAACCAACACCUGCAGCAAUAACAGGACGUCAAAGAAGGAAACAUAACCCUCGAGUAGCCACUCUUCCGCCAUCUGCUCAAGAUAUGGACAUCAUGAUUGAGGCUAAAGACAAGGAGCAAGCCGUGUUCGAGCUCAUGCGGAUCUUCAAGCUUCCUGGCUUCGAUACGUUCAACGACAUUCUACCCUACGUGAGGAAUGAUGAUAACAAGGCGGCAUUGGCUGCGAUGAACAAGAAGAAAAAGAUCGCAGACGAGCCCGAGCCCGAGCUGAUUCCUGAUGAUGAGGUAGGAAUGGGAGGUCCUGAGGGUCGAGUCUACUGGCCGCCCGGAAUGGAAGAAUGGCUGCGACCAAAGAAGCGAGAGGUCAAGAAGAAAGAAGCCCCGGCGGGCAAGUCUUUAGAGGAGAAGAAGGCAGAGGCUGCGAAACUCUACGCUGAUGCGCAAGCUAAGAAGGCCGUCAAAGACCAGCCGGCGAGCGAGCAUGAGGACUCCGACGUUGAGGCCACGCCAGCCACCAAAAAGGCCAAGGCUGCCAUGAAAAAGAAGGCCAAAGCUGACGCCGAGAAGGCUGCUGUGAAGGCUGCCGCUGCGGAAGUCAAAGAGGCUCAAAAGGCUGAGGAUGGCGCUCCCAAAAAGAGAGUCAAGGUCAAGAGGGAGCCUCAAGCAGUACCAACUCCGAGCUCCAGCGAAGGACCUGAUGACGUAGAGUUGGACGACGUCCCGGAGAUACCUGUCGCGCCCCAGAUCAAGACCGAAGGCUCUCGCAAGGGUGGUCGGCGAAGCGCAAAGAGUGCUGUCAGCUAUAAAGAGGAGGACUGA